GUUGACUGAGCUAAUGCGAAAGUUGCAGUGAGAGAGAUUCAUUUUCAUGGCUCCUCUAUUCUCCACCAUUGCAUCUGCAAUUCUCUGUCUUGCUUUGUUAAUAGGACGCAAAAAGGCUUAUGGAGAUGGAUGCUACAGAUCUGUAAUCAGUUUCGGCGAUUCACUUGCCGACACUGGGAAUCUGCUUCACAUGCGUCCACCUGGUACGCCUAUUCAAUCUGGGAGAUGGCCUUAUGGGAAAACUUUCUUCCAUCACCCCACUGGACGGUUUUCCGACGGUCGACUCAUUAUCGAUUUCAUUGCUCAGAGUUUGGGGCUACCAUUUUUGGAACCAUUUAUCGAUCAGGUAAAAAAUGCAAAUACGAGUAGCAGAGAUUUUAGUAAAGGUGUGAAUUUUGCAGUUGGCGGAGCUACGGCACUUGAUGUAUCGUUUCUUGAGAAAUAUGGGAUCUUUAAUCCUUUGACUAACAUCUCUCUGAGCACUCAGUUGGAUUGGUUCAAAGAAUAUUUUACCAUAUUUUGCCAGGCAAAUUCAGAUUGUAAAACAUUUCUCCAAACGUCUCUAAUUAUAGUGGGGGAGAUCGGAGGCAACGAAUACAAUUAUGCAUUCGUGCAAGGGGCAAACAGAGAAGUGAUUGAAUCAUUUGUUAUUGCCAUUAUCGGCAACAUCAGUUUCACGAUCCAAGAGUUGAUUAAGCUUGGAGCCAGGACAGUGAUGGUACCUGGGAACCUGCCAAUCGGUUGUCUGCCUUAUUAUCUUUCAUAUUACGAGAACUCGGAAGAGAAGGAAUACGACCCAAAAACUGGUUGCCUUAACUGGUUAAACAGGUUUUCCGAGUACCAUAACGAGCUGCUUCAGAAGGAACUGAAUCGCCUACGUGGUCUUUAUCCUCAUGCCACCAUUACAUAUGGAGAUUAUUACAAUGCUGCAAUGCGCCUUUAUCUUUCUCCCAUCAAAUAUGGAUUUACCAGUGUUCUUAGAGCAUGCUGUGGAGGAGGAGGACCAUACAACUUCAAUGCAUCAGCUUGGUGCAGCUAUCUGUCAUCAACCGAUUGUGAUGAUCCCUCUAAAUAUGUUAGUUGGGACGGUAUCCACUUCACAGAGGCGGCCUAUCGUUGGAUAGCACAGGGUCUAUUCGAAGGACCCUACACCAAUCCUCCCAUCCGAACAGUGUGUUCCUCAAUAUCCAGAACCUACGAACUUUCCGAGUAUUAAUACAGUAUGAAUUGAUUGAAGCUGGAAUUGCGUGCCAGUUCCGUGGGUUGAAACAGCUACUUUCCCUUGCCAAGUAACUUAGUAGUUAGAACUAGCUAGUUUGCACUCUAGUACUCGUAAAAUAUAUAUCUGGGUUUUUACCCGCAAUUUGUGGACGAGUAUUACUAUAAUGUGCCAUCGUCAUGUCACUCAGCAUGAAAUAUUUUGAAGACUCGUGCUUAUUCUCAUAA